UGAAAAAGCAUUUUCUCAUUAUUUCUGGCAUUCAUUUCAAUACUAAACCAAUCGAUCGCUUAUUAGAAGUGCUGUUUGUGUUGUGUUUUUGGUCUAUAAGUACCGAUUAUUAUCGCAAUUAUUGUAAUAACAAAAGUAAUUAUCGCUUGAAUUUACAUGUGAAGAGUCGGCAGACAUCACAACCAGACCAACAGCACAGGGCGUCAGUCAGUGAGUGAUCAGUGGGUGAGAGGGAGAGAGAGAGAGAGUGGUGUCGACAGUGAGUGAUUGUGUUGUGGAUCUGAUCGGGUGAUGUCCAGCAGCUCUGCCACACCAUAUCUGAUGGACGAUAGCGGCAAAUACAUCGCUUCCAGUCAACGACCGGACGGCAGUUGGAGGAAACAGAGGCGCGUGAAGGAGGGGUAUGUGCCUCAAGAGGAGGUCCCCAUCUAUAUGUCGAAAGGCAAACAAUGGCAACAGGAGAGAGAGUCCGCUCCCAUUCCCGGUCUCGUCCCGACCGCCAAACCCCAGGCAAAGACGCCUCUCAGACCACCGCCCGGACUGUUGGUGAGUCCGCCCAUCUCUAGCGCCCGUUUGGCCACUGGUCUGACAGUGGAUACCGAGUGGACGACUGUCGGCGGCAAUCGUAAGAAGAAUAAGUCAAAAGCCAAAGCGGGAACCGAAGCCAAAGAGCUGACCAAAGCGUUGAAAGCCAUGUCAGUGGCCUAUUCUGAUGGCCCGAUAGCAGGUCCCAAAAGUGAUAAAUCGGACGACAACGUUGUCCGCAACGAAUUCGGUCAGCCGUUGGCCACCGAACCCAUCAAACGGUUACGCAAUCUGAAGAAGAAGUUGAAGGAAAUCGAGGCGUUGAAGGCGAAGGACAAGUCCAGCCUCGAGAGGGAACAGUUGGAUAAGAUCUCCAGAGAAGACGAGAUCGUGAAACAGAUCCUAGAAUUGCAACGAUAUUUAGACAAUUAGAUUGACAUUUGAUAACCAAUUAUACACACAAUUCAGACCACAUGUGAAGU